AUGUUGAAUUAUUAUUUAAUUAUAUUUAUUUUUAUAUUAAUAAAUAAAUGUUUAACGAAUGAAUGGGAUUACAGUGCUCAUGGGCCUGAUGUUUGGGGCGAAACAUUUUCAUCAUGUAAUGGAGAACGUCAAUCACCAAUAAAUAUAAAAACAGCAUGUACAGUUUAUAAAUCUUUUGAUCCAUUUAUUUUUACACCUGAACAUAUUGAAGAAAAUCAUUUUUUAAUACAAAACAAUGGUCAUACUAUAACUGUAGAAUCAAAUAACACAAAAUUAGCUAUUCAAGGUGGUAAUUUAAAUGGAACAUUUUACUUUAGUAACUUGCAUUUACAUUGGGGACCAAAUCAUAAUACUGGUAGUGAACAUCAAAUUAAUGGUAAUAAAUUUAGUGGUGAAAGUCAUUUUGUUUAUAAAAAUCCAUUAACAGAUGAAACAGUUGUUUUAAGUUUUCUUAUGCAAACUCAAAUGGAUGAAGAUAUAUCAUUAAAUAGUAAACAUAGUUUCUUUAAUGCAACAGAUGAAACUAAAUGGAUGAAAUAUUUUGAUGUUGCACAAAGAUUAAGAAGAGAAAAUGAUUCAAGAAGAAUUAACUUAACAUUAGCUUCAUUAAUGGGUAAUAAUUUAAAUGAUUACUGGAGGUAUUUCGGAUCAUUAACAAUUCCACCUUGUACUGAAAAUGUUAUUUGGAAUAUAUUUCGUUCACCAAUACUUAUAUUAGAUUAUGAAUUUGAUUCAUUUCGUCAUGAUUUAUUUUUUGAAAGUUUUCGUGGUCCACAAACAUUAUUUUAUAGAAAUAUUUAUAGAUCGUUUUUAAAUGAAACAUUAUCAACAAAUCCUGAUCAAAUAUGUUGUAAUCAACCCAUAUCAAAUGGUAUAUCAACUCUUUUUAACAGAGCUAUUUAUUUUGUUUAUUUAUUUUCAUCAAAUUUUUUUAUAAACUCUAUGAAAUAA